AUGUGGCUUUACGCGGAUCGAACAGCCCGUGUGCAGGCCGGCUGGAAGUCUCCACCCAAACUCUAUUGGAUCAAUCAAGUGAAAUGCACAUCUAAAGAAGAGAGCCUUUUGAAUUGCCCAGUUGAUGGACAAGUUAAUGCAAACUGCAAAAACUUUGUUGCUGUUGAAUGCUCUGGAAACGUUAUGCUGAGUUUGAAUCUGAAUGGACAGCGUGAUAAAUGUGCUGGCGUGGUGGAGUUCUUAACGCCCAGCGGCAACGUUGUGGUCUGUCAUUCAAAAGUGGAUAAAAGCAUAGCAGACAAGAUAUGUGAGGAGCUUGGUUGUGGAAAACAUUAUUACAUUCCCAAACCUGGAAUGUUCAAAGGACAACAGAGCAAACGAAAUGUAGUGCUUAAUUGCGUUGGCGGUGAGACAUACUCUUGGCAAUGUAUGGAGUGGUCAGACUGCCAGGAGCAAGCCAGUGUGAUCUGCAUGAACCACAAGAGGUUACGUCUACGAGGUGGCAGCAGUGUUUGCUCUGGGUUGGUGGAAGAGAACAGUUUACAAAAUAAAUUAUGGAAACUUAAGCAGGCAGAUAAGAUGAAUCCUGAUCACAUCUGUACGCAACUGAACUGUGGUUCCACUGGAAAUUUCACAAACGUUAAUGGAAGUAACAGACUGACGUGCUCAGACAGCGUGAAACUCAAGAACUUCACAAGAAAGUGUUUUGGAGAUGUUUCCAUUGAUGUAAAUGGCACUAACUACGGAGUGUGCUACAGUGAUCCGGCUCUGUCACGUAAAAUGGGGGCGGUGGUCUGUCGAGAGCUUGGCUGUGGCGAGGUGGUGGAUGUGAAACAGAACUUAAUUUCUAAUGGCUUGGCGAUUAACGUUGAGUGCCUGGGUGACGAGCAGUCACUGGGGCAUUGUCUGAGAAAUCGUGAGACAAAACAAUGCAAGCGAACCAAAGUUGUAUGUUCAGAAAGCUUGGAUGUGCGUUUGAGUGAUGGUCUGGGUCGCUGUUCUGGACGUCUAGAGGUGCUAUGGGAGGGCUCAUGGAGGUCUGUUGUCUCUGAUAGGACCCCUGAGACUUCAGACGUGGUGUGUCAACAUCUCAGUUGUGGUACAUCUUAUCCAACAACUCAAGAACUUUUCGUCGAGGGAAACCUGCAGCCCCUGGAAAGGCAGAAUAUCAGGUGUAAAAACUCUACUUUAGCAAAGCUCCAUGAGUGUUUCGACAAUACUGAUUCGAGGCCAUCAAGUCGAAAUGAGAAAACCAUGGAAAUCAUUUGCAAAAAGGAAGAAGUUGUGUUCUUUGAAGGGAAUUCAUCCUGCCAGGGAAGAGUCCGCAUCGAGACAUUUGAUGAUAAGAAACGCUGGCUGCCUGCAAAGCCAAUAGAAGAGAGCAAGAAAAAAGCUGGUGACUUUUGCAGCACAAUGCUGUGUGGAUCUCUGGACGACUUUGACGAAAAGCAAGAAACAUAUGCCGAAGUCAAAUGUUCAGGCUCAGUGAGUGUGGAGCUUCAAAACGAAUGCUGGGGAACAGUGAAGGUCUGUAGAGAAGGCAAAUGUGGAGGGGUUUGCAGUGACACUUGGAGAGCAAAUGAAGACCAAAUGAUCUGUGGAAACCUGGGCUGUGGAGAUUCAGUCCAGGCCCAGUUAACACUCCCAUCUGAUAAUCUAUCUGUGAGCUACUAUAGUGUGUACUGCUCGGGUGAGAAAAAUAUGAGCAUGUGCAAAUUUAUUCCCAACAAAGACUCCGUCUGCAAAACCCCAGCCCAAGUGAUGUGCACAGGCAGUAUUAAAGCUAAACUGCAGGAUCCAAGAGACAAAUGCGCUGGAAUCGUGUCACUGUUUUACGCUGGGCAGUGGACAUCUGUCUGCCAAGACAGUAAUAAUAAAGCACUUCAAAAUGCAAUCUGCAGGGAACUGAAAUGUGGCGAGUCUGACUCUCUUAGUUCGACUUCACAUGACGAGUCCCAAAUCUUAGGACUGUCAGGAUUUAAAUGUCAGAAUGGCGACAACUCUGUUUCCAAAUGUGACCUGAAGGGUAUAUCAAAAAGACAAUGUGCUGUAAUGUAUUUGAAAUGCAAAGAAUGGGAACGACUGCUCCUCUAUAAACAAGAGGCCGGCGAAUGCAGUGGUCUAGUAUAUGGUCUGAAUAGAGGAGGAACACCACAGCUUGUCAGAUGGCAGGGAUGGGGCCAAGAGGAAGGACAAAAGCUUUGCGAGAAUCUACAGUGUGGAAAUUACAAAUCACACUCCAGACAACAAAUACAGGUGACAACUACAGAGUGGUGGAAUAAGACCUAUAAUUGUUCAGGCAAGAAUGUGAUAUGGGAUUGCGAGAGCCACAGUCAGCCCGGCCAGCUUCAGGAGCAGUUAAACAUCCAGUGUGACCGUGCACGUCCAGAAAUUAAGCUUUCAAACGAUUGCUAUGGCGAGGUGCUCAUAGAAGAUAAGAAUGUUUUUGCAUCACAUUGGCAUGAUGACAUGUUCCAAGAGUUAUGUUACAAGCUCAGCUGUGGAAAUGCCAUCCAAAACAAGAGUAUAAAAACAGAUAAAAAAGAGUGCUGGCAUUUCAGCUGCACAGGCAUGGAGACACUGAUGUGGCAGUGUGCCUCUAAGAAUGACACCUGUGAGAAAAUCCUCUCUGUGACCUGUGAAAGGGCUGUUGAAUUCAGCACCACUGAAAAGUGUGGCGGGAAGCUUGGGAUCAAGUAUAAAGGGCAAUGGAAAUAUGCCUGUGGAAACAUAAGUGACGCUGAUACUAAGAAGAUUUGUGGUGUGCUCAAGUGCAACGAAAGUCAAAAACUGUUGGAUGAACGUGAAGUAGCAAAGACAAUACAGAUGAGCUUCAGUUGUUCAGGAAAGCACCAAAACAUGUUUGACUGCAUUAAGCAUCUGAAAGAUGAAUGCAGAAGUGGACCUGCUGAAAUCAAAUGUGACGGUUAUAUUCCAAAACAAGAUAAUUUUUUUGUGAGUCUGAUAUUGGGGCUAUUAGGAGCCGUGCUGGGACUGGUGAUUUUGAUUUUAAUGUGGAUGAAGCGGAAACGCCUACUUUUAGCCUUAAGACAAUAUAGAAAUAAGAAUGGCAAAGACUUCAACUCUGAUGUGAAUGAAAUGGAUAAGAUGGAUACAGAGGAUGGAGAUUUGCCUGAACGUAAGGCAUCACUUUUAGAUCAUGAUAAGUUUGAUCGUGAUGACUAUGAAGAUGUGGAUUCUCUCAUGGAGAAGUCAGGAGAGGAGGAUGAAGAUUACAGGAAGAGAGGUUCUUCUGGGACGGAAUAUGACGAUAUUGAGGGACAAGCCAAUGGAAUCUCUUCUUCUGAAACCCACCAUGAUGACAACAUCGACCUCCCUCUCCUUCCCAAGAGACCCGAGAACAUUCUUGAUUAUGACACCUAUGAAGUGGAGAUGGAGAAACAGGAGGACUAUGAUGAUGUCGAACCUAUCGAGGAUGCCUCCAAUGAAAACGCAGGAACGACAGGCACACAAGCACGUUUAGAUGUAGAUUCAGAUGCAGGUCCAGGUCCAGGUGCAGAUGCGAUGUUGGUGACCGCAGAGGUAGAAGUUCACGCUCAACCAGAGUACUGAAGCAGCCAUGUGACCAAAUUGUUCUUUUAAAUUAAUAUGUUAUGCGAUGUGGGCAUGUUGCACAUUUUUUGUAAAAAAAUAGGUUUUUAUUCAAUUAUUAUUCUAUAACAUCUUGUUUAUCAUCUUCGAAAAUAUCUUGAAAAAAUUUCAUUUGUUUAGUACGGAAAAAUAGCGAGUUAUUGUAGUUUUGGAAAGGGCUUGAAUCCAGCUUUCAUAAGGUAUUAAAACCUAAAAAAGUUUCACCUUAUGGUGGGUUUUCCUAGAUUGCAUCACAUAUUAAUAAAGGAUAUGAUUUUAUGUACUUAUUCAUAUCAGUAUCCACCUUUUUGUAAGUUUAAUGAGUCUGGCUUUCGGUUUCAUCCGCUUCCAGCUAUUUUUAGCUGUACAAAACGGCUCGCUUUGCUGCUUGAUAUUGCAGAUUGGUGUGUUUUGCAGUGUAAUUUUAAUGGAUUAUCUUAAUUAUGAGCACACUUUGUGAACUGUAGUG